CCUUUCUCUUCCGGUGCAGGAGGUCGGCGUGCGGAGCAAGAUGGCGGCGCCUGAGGAGCUGUUCUGCUGGGAAGGGGACUGGGGUCUCCCGUCCGUCAGCACCGACUGCCUGGUGGUUCUGGCCUACGCCCAGUUCGCCGGAGCCCCUCUGAAACUCCGGAAGAUCUGCAACCCCUGGAGGAGUCCUGGCGGUUGUCUCCCGUCGCUGAGGACCAAUCAGAAGGCGACGCUGUCACGCCCCUCUGACAUCAUCAUCCACCUCAGAAAGCAGAAAUACAACGCCGACUACGACCUGUCGGCCAAAGAGGGCGCCGACAGCCUGGCCUUCAUCUCGCUGCUGGAGGAGAAGCUCAUGCCGGCUCUGAUCUACACCUUCUGGAUCGAGCCCAAGAACUACGUGGACGUGACGCGGCGCUGGUACGCCGAGCACAUGCCCUUCCCGCUCAACUUCUUCCUGCCCGGACGCAUGCAGGCCCGGCAGCUGGAGAAGCUGCGCCUGCUGCGCGGAGACGACGGCCUGGAGUCGGGCGAGGAGCUGGAGAAGGAGCUGUACCGAGAUGCUGCCGAGUGCAUGAACCUGCUGUCCCAACGACUCGGCUCCCACAAGUUCUUCUUCGGGGAUUCGCCCUCGUCCCUGGACGCCUACGUCUUCGGCCACCUGGCGCCGGUCCUGCGGUGCAAGCUGCCCAACGGGAAGCUGCAGCAGCACCUGAAGUCCCUGGAGAACCUGGAGCAGUUCUGCAGCAGCAUCCUGCUGCUGUACUUCCCCCGGGACGCCCCAGAAAACUCCACCCCGAGGGCGUCGGCGGCGGCGUCGGGGCAGCCGGACGGCGGCGACUUCGACCACGUCCCCAACAAGCGGCGGAAGCAGCUGCUGUCGGCGCUGGUGGCGCUGGGCGCCAUGCUAAGCUACGCCCUGGUGACGGGCAUGGUCUCCAUCCAGCAGGAGCGGCGGGGGCGGGCGCUGGAGGAGCCGCCCCGCCUGGAGCACCUGGGGGGGGACGAGGGCGAGGAGGGCGAGGGCGACGGCUGAGGACGAGGACGUCAGGAGGUUCUCACCAAA